AAAAAUCAGAAAAUCGAAUUAGAAAUUGAUAUUGCAAGUUUUAGGGUUUUAGAAAAUCUUCUUCACUGAGUUUUCGAGCUCCGAAGAACACUUGCAACUUCAGCAACCAUGGCGAGCACCAAAGUUCAGAGGAUUAUGACCCAACCCAUUAAUCUGAUUUUCAGAUUUCUCCAAAGUAAAGCUCGGAUUCAGAUUUGGCUUUUUGAGCAGAAAGAUUUGAGGAUUGAGGGACGAAUCACUGGUUUUGAUGAGUACAUGAAUUUGGUGCUGGAUGAGGCUGAGGAAGUGAGCAUCAAGAAGAAAACCAGAAAACCACUUGGAAGGAUUUUGCUUAAAGGAGACAACAUAACUCUGAUGAUGAACGCGGGCAAGUGAUGUCUGUUGCAGUGGAAGGAAUGAUCUAACUAUAAGGGAUGGUUUAAGAGUUCUUGUUCCCUUCUUGUUUCUUCUGUUGGGGGAAAACUUGUCUUUCUGUUGUUUACUUACUGUCAAAUUGAGAUAUUUCACUUUGCAAUUUUUUUUUAUGAGAAAAAAGUUUCUUCAAAAAA